GGUAGAAAGUCCACAAAAAUGAAUGAACUGCAGUGUUUCUCAAAAGAUAAGACGAGGCCUAGAGUAAAUAAAUAUAUAAUUCCAGCUAAGGAAAACUGCAUGCAAUUCAAUAACAUGACAAUGCAUUCAACAUACACAUUACAUACCAUACAAACAAAGACCUGUUAUGUAUUGAUUACUAUUGCCAAUUUGAUGUGGUAACGUUGCAUUGAGUCAGGUGACUGCCGUCAGCUGAUUGCCUCCAGCCAGAAUAUGGCCGACCUGUCAGAAGCUCAAUGAGGAACGGCUGAGUUUAGCAUAAUCGAGUUUCUUUUUAUGACUUUUGGGGCUCAUAUUUCACUAACGUGGACAACAGUUUUUACAACAGUUACUAAGAUGAGCGGGUUGCUGGUUGGCAUGGCAAAUGUCCCCAGCAAGAGCAAUCACACAGGGAAGGAUGGCCAGGUGUGGGAGAGACUCUGGACCUUGGAAGAGAUGCGACAGACCAGUGCCAACUGGUCCCUGGCUGCAGACUCAGGACUCUUCCUUUUCCUGCAAGAAUUCUCCCAGAGGAUGCUGUCAAAGACUCAUGAGAUAGAGAAGCAGCUGGAUGGACUGAUCAGAGACACCAAGGCCACAGACUGUUGCAUGCACACAGUCUUCAACGACUUCCUCAUGCUCUCCAACACACAAUUCAUUGAAAACAGAGUGUAUGAUGAUGAUGAUGAGGAGGUGGAGGAGGCGGUGCCAAAGCCUGAGGCCUUAGAGAGACUGCCUGAGCAGAAGACUCGUGAGCAGAAGGAAGCCCAGCUGAUUCCUAAGGUCCAGGAAGCAGUGAACUACGGUCUGAUGGUGCUGGACUCUGCAUUUGAGCAGCUAGACAUCAAGGCAGGAAACUCUGACUCGGAGGACGAGGAGGCCACAGACAGAGUGGAGCCCAUACUGGAGCCCAAGGACCUGUAUGUGGACAGGCCUUUACCAUAUCUGAUUGGCUCUCAGCUCUUUAUGGGGCAAGAAGACGUUGGACUGGGAGACCUCUCCAGUGAAGAAAUGUCAGUCGACAGUGAUCGCGACACCGUCAUUGUGAGCGAAGAUGGCAAAGAUGCUAACAAGUUGUCUAUGCUGAGUGAUGACGAGGAGGGAGAUUCAGACAUAUUCGGAGAAUCGGACGAAGAUGAUGAUGAUGAUGAUGAUGACAGAAAGUCUUUGUGUCACAUUCAGAACCCAAGACCAUCAUCCUUUGCUGAUGAGCUGGCCGCCAGAAUCAAAGGGGAACCUAUCAGCAAGCCAGAGGGAGAUCGCACAUCUGUUUGUGUUGUAGCUGAUGAAGAUGACAGCGAGGAGUUAUUGGGGCCAUCCAAGAUGGAGGACGAGGACUUCUCUCCGUUUGGAGGAAAAGGGGGUCACUUCAGUCGAGGGAGAGGACUGUUUGAUGAUGAGGGGGAUCUGUUCUCUGAUCCACCUAAACAGCCUGUAGCAGAGAAGAAGACCACAGAACCUGUCAAGCCUGCUAAGAAGAUUCCUUCAGGGGCUGUGCCAAUUUUCCCAGAGAACAGCCUGUUUGGCACACCUAAUGACUCUGACUCAGUGGAGGGUAGAGAGAACGGCAGUCCAGCCAAACCCAUCAAGACUCAGACAUCAGCCCCUAGAAAGACCGCUUUAGGGGGGCUGUUUGACGAUGAGGAGGAUCACUUCUUCACCGGCGAAAGCCUAAAUAAAUCCAGCUCUGCUGGACAGGAGGAAUCCAAGCAGAAGAAGACAGUGGAUCUGUUUGGAGGAGGUGAUGAGGAUGGUGACAUCUUCAGUGAGAGCUCCGGUGUUCUGCCCCCUCUACAGAGCAGGAGGGAGGUGGUGGAGGAGGAAGAACAGAUGCCAGCAGAUGUCUCCAUGUUUGGUCCUGUUACCAAGACCCUGCUGACUGAGACACUAAAGAAGCAACGGCCCUCCACCAGUGAAGAGUCAGAGGAGAUAUGUCCAACCAUCCCUAAGAGUCAGUCCAAGCUUGAACCGACACUUCAGAGCAAAGCUCUUCUGUCCAUAUUUGUUGACGAGGAGGAUGAGGAUCUGUUUGUGUCUGCGAAGAAGUCUAAAUCAAGCCAAACUGAAGAUGCCACACCACAAGUCAAGAAACCUGUCUCUCGUGCCGUCUUCAGUGAUGACGAGGACCAUUGGAUGAGCUCCAAGCAUAGUGCAGGAAAGACUGGAGGGAUGAAGUCCAGUGAUAGCAACCCUUAUCGUCUACCCAGUGUCAAAGCAGAUCCUUUCGACAGCCUGUUCGAUGAUGACGAUCUCUUUGCUGCUACCAAGGAGUUUAGUUCGAAGAAGCCACAGAGAGCGUCUCUCCUGUUUGAAGAUGAGACUGAGGAUGGUGAAGAUAAGGGAUCCCUCUUCGUCUUCAAACCUGCCAUCAACAACAGCUCUACUCUAGCUGACCCUAAAGCUGCUGCUGUGGCCUCCCCAGGCCCCUCACGGGUCCACACAGAUAAACCUGAGGAUGUGACGGCACCUCCUCCCCCAGUGGAGAAGAGGCGUGCAGAGGAGAGGGCAGCGAAGGGUCCUGAGGUACAGCCCCUGUCCUCUCUAUUAGAGUGCAGUGAGAGUAAGAAGAAGCCAGUAGGGGCCGUCAGUCUGUUUGGAGGGAUCAACGUGCUGGGAGACCGACUGGGAGCAGCCAAGCAGACUAAGAGCCCAUUGGACGAGACGGAUGGUGAUGACUUUCUGUCUGAGGGCCCGCCCCCCAUGGAAAAGGGGUCCAAAAAGAACAACACCGUCAGUCUGUUUGAUGAUGAGGAGGGUGCUGACUGGACUGACCCUAUCUACAUACCUAGCAAAACAGCUACCAUAAACACACUAAAGCCUGCAGAGGAGCGUCCUCAUACCAAGAGCAGUACCGGGGUGUUCCAGGAUGAGGAACUGCUCUUCAGUCACACUCAGCAGAGAGACAACCACCCCGACGUUGACAUCUUCGCCACGCCUGACAAGUUUGUGAGGUUCAGGCCCAGUAAUGCUAGUAGCUCAGUGAAGUCCAGGCCCAGCUCAGUGAGGUCGGCAGCCCCAACACCUUUUAGUGAUGAGGAUGAAGAUGACCUCUUCAGCUCUGUCAAUCCCAAAGCUCUUCGGCCGAAAGUAUCGGCGAAGCCCAGUAAACCCGUUAAAGACGAGCCAUCCCCACAACCUUCUGUCACAGAACCAGUCACAGGGAGUGAGACCAACCUGGUGAUCAACCCUGAUGCCCUCCUACUAGGCCUGAGCCCCAGCUCCUCAGGCCUCAGCCCCAGUCCAGCAUGGACCCAGUCCCUCAGCAACGGAGGGCUUAGCUUCGACCGCCCUGUCCAGGUGUCUGUGCUACAGUGUGCCAACAAGGGUCGAGCUAAAGGCUCCAUCCGCCGCAGGCCCCAGACCAGGGCAGCACGGCAGAUGUCAGCACAGAGCUCCGUGGACCAGAAAAACCAGGGAGAGGACCCGGCCGGACACAGCCCAACCCUACCUCAUCCAACCCAGCCCAGUUUGGCACUACUUAACCCAAUCGAGCCUAGCCUUGCACUAUCUAACUUAACCCUGCCCCGGCCUAGUCUACCCAACCAAGCCCCAACCACUGGCUUACCCUCCUUCUUACCUGCCUCCUUACCCUCCCAACCGCCGCUCACUUAUGUCUCUGUCACACCAUCAGUUCUAACACUACCGGUGUCCAACACCCCUCUAAAGAGAGACUUUUCUAUGGGAAGCAAGGUGAAGGUGCUGCCCUCUCCCGACGAGGCUGACCGGUUUGGGUCUGUCCCUGUCCUAGCCCCAGUCCCCAAACUCGCCACAAAGACUACGGAGGGUGAGUUGACGCCGAAGGAAGAGAAAGAAGCGACCCCUCCGUCCGUCUUUGACGACCCCAUGGGUGACUUGUUCCAGAAGGUCAAGCCGAGGUCGGCGAAGACCUUCCUGGAGGAGGAGGAUGAAGAGGAUAUCUUUGUGCUGGGAAAUAGUUCUACUCCCACUACUAGAAUUACUGCAGGGAGCAACCCUACACCCAAACAGGACCUCUUCCAGGAUGAAGGGGAGACGACCCCCAAAGCUCACAAAGACAAAUCUCUGGAUUCCAGCCUGUUUGACGACAAAGUUGACAUCUUUGCUGAUUUGACGGCCACUUCAAAACCAAAAGAGAAGAAGUUCAAGAAGGUGGAGACUAAAUCCAUAUUUCAUGAUGAUAUGGAUGAUGUCUUCUCUCCCUGCACUGUGAAGCCAAUGGCCAAGCAGCCUCCAUCCAAGUUCAGGAAAAGCCCUCCCUCCCAGGACACCAGUGCAACGGACGGCUUGGGCAACAUCUUCGAUGACCCUCUCGAUGCUCUGGGUGGGAACUGAACCGUGGACUGUUCCUGAUUAACUAACUCUGUGUCCCAAAUGGCACCGUAUUCACUAGAUGGUUCAUUACUUUUGACCAGGGCUCAUAGGGUGUGCACUAUGUGGGGAAUAGGGUGCCAUUUGGGAUGCUGUCACUAACUGUACAAUUGUGCAGAAAACGUUGUUGUUUUGGAGGACUGAAAAAGGGGUUGGAGAUAUUAACACUGUUCUUAUAGAGACUAUUUCUAUGUUGAGACUAUUUCUAUAAAGCAAUCCAUCGAUCGGCAUAACCUCGGAUGGAAAUUUAAACCCAUCUCUGAUUGAUUGAAUUGUAACUAUUUGCCUUUAUUUAAUGUCCAUGGUAGCAGGGCUUUGCCAUCAUUAGGCCAGCUGCUAAUAAAGAAAUAGUCAAUGAUUUAUACAUGUAGUUGAGUUCUGGGUAUGUGGUUUAACAUUGCCAUUCUGAGAUUACAUGUCACCAUCGGGCUGUGCCAUAUCACCGUUAUGAAAUCAUUGUUUUUGUUUUUCAAUUAAUAUGGAAUUGUUACAUUUGUUAACUUUGCCUGUGAUAAAUAACAAUAGAUUAUUUUUUUAAAGAAUUCAAUUAUAUUUUGCUAAA